GUAGCCGCCUUCGUGUUAGUCCAGUCUGGCUGUUUCGUGGAGAUUUACGCUUGUCGAGAGUGGACUACCGAAAAAAAGGGGAGAAAAGGAAGAUUUUCGAGUGGAUAACUCCCCCAUUAAAGAUGUCGACCUCAGCGGUGUACAUUCUGGACGUAAAAGGAAAAGUCCUGAUAUCCAGAAACUACCGAGGUGACAUAGAAACCGGUGUAAUAGAGAAGUUCAUGCCCCUCGUGAUGGAGCGCGAGGAGGAAGGCAACUUGACCCCAAUAAUACAGAUACCCGAGUGCACUUACGCAUACAUAAAAUACAACAAUCUUUACAUAGUGUCGACAACAAAGAAGAAUGCGAAUAUAUCCCUGGUAUUUGUAUUCCUCCACAAAGUAGUUCAGGUGAUGCAGGAGUACUUUAAGGAGCUCGAGGAGGAGAGUAUACGCGACAAUUUCGUCGUUAUUUACGAGCUGUUGGACGAACUGCUGGACUUUGGUUACCCCCAGACGACAGACAGCAAGAUUCUGCAGGAAUACAUAACCCAAGAGGGUCACAAGCUGGAGAUACAGCCGAGAAUACCGAUGGCUGUGACGAACGCAGUGUCGUGGAGGUCUGAGGGCAUAAAGUAUCGAAAGAACGAAGUAUUUCUCGAUGUUAUAGAGUCGGUUAAUCUGCUGGCAAAUGCAAACGGCAAUGUUCUCUCUUCGGAGAUUGUCGGGGCGAUUAAAAUGCGCGUCUAUCUCUCGGGCAUGCCUGAGCUUCGAUUGGGCCUGAAUGACAAGGUAUUGUUCGAGUCAACCGGUCGGGGUAAAUCGAAAUCCGUUGAACUUGAGGAUGUAAAGUUCCACCAGUGCGUCAGACUGUCGAGAUUCGAGAACGACCGAACGAUAUCUUUCAUUCCACCUGAUGGUGAAUUCGAAUUAAUGUCUUAUCGUUUGAAUACACAUGUCAAGCCCCUCAUAUGGAUCGAAUCUGUCAUCGAGCGUCAUGCACACAGUCGCGUUGAGUACAUGAUCAAAGCGAGAUCACAAUUCAAGAGACGAUCGACAGCUAAUAACGUUGAAAUUGUUAUUCCUGUGCCGAAUGAUGCUGAUUCACCAAAGUUUAAGACGACUAUUGGGAGUGUUAGGUAUUCGCCUGAGCAGAGUGCUAUCACUUGGUCCAUAAAAUCAUUUCCGGGGGGCAAGGAGUAUCUCAUGAGGGCACACUUUGGCUUACCUUCGGUUGUUGGGGAGGAUGUGGAGGGUAAACCACCGAUUCAAGUCAAAUUUGAGAUUCCUUAUUUCACGACUUCGGGGAUACAAGUCAGGUAUUUGAAGAUUAUUGAGAAGAGCGGGUAUCAGGCACUGCCUUGGGUGAGAUACAUCACUCAGAAUGGGGAUUAUCAGUUGAGGACUAAUUAGUUUGGCUUUCGGAAGAUUUUACUUUCGUCGAAUGUCAGAGGAGAUCCAAGUUUGUAAUUUAAUGCUGGUGUAUUUUAUUGGUUCGUAGUAUCAAAUUUGUUUUAGAAUUAUGUAGGAAGUUUGUUUUACGACUGGAAAUGUCAAUUUGCGACAAAAAAUGUGAGGUGUUUUCAAGAUGUUUGUGCAAUUAAUGAAACAAUUUCAUGAACUGAAGAUAUUCGUGAUGGGAAUAAAAUAUCUUCAGGAAGUCAAUGUACAAGAUUUUUAUAACAUUCCUUCAGAAAUUGAUAAAUCGAUCGAUACGUCUCGACGACUGAUACUGCGAGGAGAAAUAAUUUGGCCCGCUGUUGUUGAUUCGAGGUUUUUGGAUAAAUUUUUAAAAAACUUUUUAUUCUAUUAACUAUUCUACCCGCUUCGCAAAGCCUCGCUCUGCAACAGCAUGGAUGCUGUUCUGUAGUGAUACUAAUUUGAUUAUUGAUAACUAGACCAACGCCUGAGUACUUAAAAUGGAAUUGCAGCUGGAGGAUGGGGGGAUGGAUUAAUGCGCGUAUAGUUGUGUAGUUCGACUCAUUUAUUAGGCCGAAAUAUCUGAGUAAUUGAGGAAAUGUAACCACUAUGUAAAUUACUGCAGGAAUAUACUGAUUAAUUUUUAAAUAAACCAAUUGAGCUGAAA